AUGGCGAUCAGGGAUAAGAUCUUCGCGUUCGCCAAGGGCAUGCGCGGGAGGGCGAAGAACUGCGCGAAGAUCGCUCGAAAUCGAGUCGAAAAGGCGUGGCAGUACCAAUACCGCGAUCGACGCACGAAGAAGAGAAACGCCCGGGCGUUGUGGAUCACGCGAAUCAACGCCGCGACGCGAGAGCACGGGUUGAAGUAUAACGAGUUCGUCCACGGGUUGGGACGAGAGAACGUGUGCGUGGAUCGGAAGAUCUUGGCCGAGCUCGCGGUGAACGAACCGCUGAGUUUCAGGGCGUUGGUGGAGCGCGUGAAGACGAUGCGCGGGAUCGAAUAG